AUGCCUCCCUUCGCCAAACCUGAAACCGUCCUCAAACGGUCCGAGGAACUCAUCAAUGUCGGUCAGCACCAGGCCGCCUUGGCCGCUCUCAACGAGAUCUUCACCUCUCGCCGAUUCAAGCAGACUCCCCUCCAGUCGCUCGAGCCCAUCAUGAUCCGCUUCGUCGAUCUCUGUGUCGAUCUGAAAAAGGGCAGGAUGGCCAAGGAAGGUCUCAUGCAGUACAAGAACGUAUCGCAAAACACCAACGCCCAGUCUAUCGAACUCGUCAUCAAGCACUUUAUCAAGCUUGCCGAUGCCAAGGUCGUCGAGGCUCAGUCUAAAGCCGAUGCCGCUGUCGGUGAGGUCGACGUCGACGAUCUCGAGGAGUCCGAGACCCCCGAGAGUAUGCUCCUCGGCUCCGUCAGCGCCGACCAGAGCAAGGACCGUACCGACCGCGUUCUUGUCACUCCUUGGCUCAAGUUCCUCUGGGAGGCUUACCGCACCGCUCUCGACAUUCUUCGCAACAAUGCUCGUCUCGAGGUGCCUUACCAGCAGAUCGCCAACCAGGCGCUCAAGUUUUGCUUGCAGUACGAGCGCAAGACCGAGUUCCGUCGUCUUUGCGAAGUGCUCCGACAGCAUCUUCAGAACGUCGCCCGCUACUCGCACCACGCCCACGCCAUCAACCUCACCGACCAGGACACUCUCCAGCGUCAUCUUGACACCCGUUUCGCCCAACUCAACUCUGCCGUCGAGCUUGAGCUCUGGCAAGAGGCUUUCCGCUCCGUCGAGGACAUCCACAACCUCCUCACCAUGGCGAAGAAAGCUCCUCGCCCUGCCAUGAUGGCCAACUACUACGAGAAGCUCGCUCGUAUCUUUAUGGUCUCGGACAACAACCUCUUCCACGCCGCCGCCUGGAACCGAUACUACGCCCUCGCCCGUUCCAUCGCCAAGUCUGACGAGGAGCACACCCGCAUGGCUUCGUACGUCCUCAUCAGUGCCCUUGCAGUGCCCGUGAUUUCCUCCAACGCUCCCGGCACCGGCAACCUCAACAAGACCAAGUCCGACUUCCUUCAGGGUGACCAGGAGGGUCGAAGCCGCACGGGUCGUCUCACUUCGCUCCUGGGACUCAGCCGCACCCCGACGCGUGCCGGCCUGCUCAAGGAAGCGCUCAACCGCGACAUCCUCAAGAAGGCACGCCCCGAACUGCGUGAGCUCUACAACAUCCUCGAGGUCGAGUUCCACCCUCUUUCGAUUUGCGCCAAGAUUGAGCCCAUCCUUGCCUCCAUCUCCCAGGACCCCGAGAUGGCCAAGUACGUCGAGCCGCUCCACUCGGUCGUCCUGACACGUCUCUUCCAGCAGCUCAGCCAGGUCUACGAUGCUGUCAAGCUCUCCAAGGUCAUGCAGCUCGUCUCUGCUUUCAAGGCUCCUCACAGCUACACCCCCGCUGAAAUCGAGAAGUUCUGCUUGAACGCUUGCAAGAAGGGUCACCUUAACAUUCGCAUCGACCACGUGGCUCAGGCCAUCACGUUCCAGGAUGACGUCUUCUCCACCGAUGCUCACCCCGCUGCUUCCACCUCGUCUGAGGCCGACAAUGUCCGAUUGCAAGCUACUCCGUCCGAGUUGGUUCGCACGCAGCUCAGCCGUCUGGCGACGUGCCUUGACACUACGCUUAAGACCAUCGACCCCAGCAUCCUCGCGAAUGCCGAGGCUGCCAAGCGCGACGUGUUUGCCCGUGCCAUUGCUGCUGCCGAGGAUGAGCACAAGGCUGCCAUCGCACGCAAGGCCAUCUUGGCCCGUCGCAAGGAACUGCUCGAGGAGAUGGCUACACGCAAGGAGCGCGAAGAGGCUGCUGCCCGCGCCGAGCGUGCCCGUGCCGCUGCCGAGGCCGAGCAGAAGCGUAUCGCCGAGGAAGCCAAGAAGCGCGAGCAGGACCGCAUCAACAAGGAGCUCGAGGCAGUGCGCAUCGAGGAAGCUAAAAAGAUGGCCAAGUCGCUCCAGGAGCGCGGUGGUCUCAAGCUUAGCGAGGAGGAGCUGGCCAACAUGGAUACCAACAAGCUGGUGCAGAUGCAGGUCGAGCAAAUCGAAAAGGAGAAGAAGGAGUUGACUGAGCGUUUGCGUCUGAUCCACCGCAAGAUGGACCACCUGGAGCGUGCCUACCGUCGCGAAGAGGCUCCAUUGCUGUCAGCUGACUACGAGCGACAGAAGGAGGAGGAUCUCAAGUACCACAAAGCGGCACGCAUCACGCUGCUGCAGACUUCCAAGGAAAAGCACGCUGCCGACUUGGAGAUCAAGAAGCGUCUCACCAGGAUUCUUCCGGAUUAUCAGCAGUUGCGUUCGAUCAUCGAGGACAAGCGACGUGGCGAAUUUGAGGAGCGAAGGAGGAAGGCGACCGAGCAGAUCGAAUUGGAGAAGGAGAAGCGCCGUCAGCAGGUUCGCGAGGAGAGGCGACGCGAGCGACAGGAAGCCGAGGAAGCCGAGCUUCGUCGUGCGCAGGAAGAGGAGGAGGCGCGCGUUCGUGCUGAAGAGGAGGAGCGUCUCGCGGAGCAGCGUCGUGUCGAAGAUGCUCAGCGUACUGAGCUCGAGGCCAAGAAGCGCGCCGAGAUCGAGGAGCGCAUGGCCAAGUUGCAGGCUACUGCCGACAAGCAGCGACAGCGUGAAGAGGAGGCUGAGGCCAACCGCCGUGCUCGUGCUGCUGGUGGGGCUGCGCCUACUGCUCCUGCAGCUCGACAGGACUCGCCCUCCGCCGCUGCCGGCGGUGAAAGUGGAUGGCGCCGUGCUGGUGGAAGCCCCGCCCCCGCCGCCGCUGCUCCUGCUCAAGCCGAGUCGCAGCGUCCUUCCAUCUUUGGCGCUGCCCGUGCCGGUGCCGGUGCCGGUGGAGGAUGGCGUGAACGCGAGGCUGCCAGGGCGGCUACUGGAGGCGACUCUGCUGCUGCCCCUAAGGCCACUCCUGCUGCUGCCCCCGCCGGUGCUCCUGCUUCCUCGGGCGCUUACCGACCCGGUAUGCUGCGGGGUGCGGCUGCUGCCGGUACCGGUGGCAGCUGGCGUGAGCGUGAGGCGGCUAAGAAGGCUGCUGGCGGAAGCCCUGCUGGCGGAAGCCCUGCCCCCGCUUCCCCUGCUGCUCCUGCUGCUGCUUCCCCGGCUGCUGCUCCGGCUACUGCCGCUGACAACGACGGCUUCACCGAGGUCAAGAAGAGCGUCUACCGUCCUCCCGGUCGUCGUGCCUAA